AGGAGGCUGUGGAGACCUGGGCCUUCUGCACCCGAUCUGGAGGUGGCCCGGAUUUGUGUUCCUUGAUCACUCCCCCUUAAGUUCAAACCCGCAGAGAUUUGGGGAAAUGCCGUUGACCCUGUUGCAGGACUGGUGUAGGGGGGAACAUCUGGACACCCAGCGGUGCAUGCUCAUCCUGGGGAUUCCUGAGGACUGCAGCGAGGAUGAGUUUGAGGAGACUUUCCAGGAGUCUUUUAGGGCCCUGGGCAGAUAUAGGGUAAUUGGCAGGAUGUUCAGGAGGGAGGAGAACGCCCAAGCAUUUCUGCUGGAGCUUGCGCAAGAUAUUGACUAUUCUUUGGUCCCCAGAGAAAUACCAGGAAAAGGGGGGCCCUGGGAAGUGAUUGUAAAACCCCUUAACUCAGAUGGCGAAUUUCUCAGUAGACUGAACCGCUUCUUAGAGGAGGAGAGGCGGUCUGUAUCAGACAUGAACAGAGUUCUCCAGUCAGACACAAACUUCUUGGCUCCGAGAGUGACUAUAUCACCAGAUUUAUGGACCUGGGCCCAGACCCUGGGGGCAGCAGUGCAGCCUCUGCUAGAACAAAUGUUGUACCGAGAACUAAGAGUGUUUUCUGGGAACACCAUAUCCAUCCCGGGGGCACUGGCCUUUGAUGCCUGGCUUGAGCACACCACUGACAUGUUACAGAUGUGGCAGGUGCCUGAGGGGGAAAAGCGACGGCGGCUGAUGGAGUGCCUGAGGGGCCCUGCUCUACAGGUGAUCAGCGGGCUCCGGGCUGGCAAUGCUGCCAUCACUGUGGAGGAGUGCUUGGCAGCCCUGCAGCAGGUGUUUGGACCUGUGGAGAGUCGUAAGAUCGCCCAGGUGAAGUUCUGUAAGGCCUAUCAGGAGGCAGGAGAGAAAGUCUCUAGUUUUGUGAUACGCUUAGAACCCCUGCUCCAAAAAGCUGUAGAAAAAAAUGCAGUGUCACGAAGGAAUGUGAAUCAGACUCGCCUGAAACAGGUCUUGAGUGGGGCCACCCUCCCUGACAAACUCCGAGACAAGCUUAAGCUGAUGAAACAACGAAGAAAGCCUCCUGGUUUUCUGGCACUGGUGAAGCUCCUACGUGAGGAGGAGGAGUGGGAGGCCACUUUAGGUCCAGAUAGGGCAAGGUUGGAAGGGCUGGAAGUAGGCCCAAGGCCAUCAGGAGUCAGUGCAGUUGGGGCACUAUCUGUCCCUGCCUUGAGCAACAGUUUUGAGGCAAAGCUUUCCCAGGGUGCCCGGCGCCGGAGGGGCAGAGGACAACACGGAAGAGGGGGUGUGUCCAGGGCUGGCUCUCGAGGCUCAAGAAAACGGAAACGCCACACAUUCUGCUAUGGCUGUGGGGAAGAUGGCCAUAUCAGGGUAGAGUGUUUCAACCCCUCCAACCAGCCCUUGGUAAAGCAGAAGAGACAGACUGCAAGUGAAUCGGGAAACGGGAAAUGGGCUUGGGACAAGAGCCAUCCCAAGUCCAAGGCCAAGUAGGCUCAGG